AUUUCAAGAGCUUAAAAUAGGAUGUAGAUAGAUGUGUUUCGUAUUAAAUUUUUUUUUUUUUAAGGAGCUGAGGAAGCUGUCUGACACAGAUUCCUCAAGGCUUUCCACUCAAAAGUCUGUGCACGUUCAAUCAUCAAGUGGAAAGUCGAGGGGGUGGGGAGCAGAGAUGGUCCUGUAGCCAAAGGGCUGGAUUUCAGCUGGAAAAUUAGAACCUCUGCUCUGCAUCAGCAGCGCCUUUCGCCUUAAUGUCUUCCCUGCCAGGACAGUGGAGCUUUUGCCACGGCCGUGCCCGCGGUUGGCUCACCCCACCUCGCUCUUUGUGUCCCCUCUGUGCCUGCAGGUGAGCGAUAGGAUGGUCGCUGGGGAGGUGACUAUGCGCAGCCCAAUCCUGGCCUGCUGGCAGCCGAUCCUCCUGCUGAUGUUGGGCUCCAUCCUGUCCGGCUCGGCCACGGGCUGCCCGCCGCGCUGCGAGUGCUCCGCGCAGGAACGCGCCGUGCUCUGCCACCGCAAGCGCUUCAUGGUCGUGCCGGAGGGCAUCCCCACCGAGACCAAGCUGCUGGACUUGGGCAAGAACCGCAUCAAGACGCUCAACCAGGACGAAUUUGCCAACUAUCCUCACCUGGAGGAGCUUGAGCUAAAUGAGAACAUUAUCAGUGCCAUUGAACCUGGGGCUUUCAACAACCUCUUCAACCUCAGGACGCUGGGGCUCAGGAGUAACAGACUCAAGCUGAUCCCCUUGGGGGUGUUUACUGGACUCAGCAACCUUACCAAGCUAGACAUUAGUGAGAACAAAAUUGUGAUCCUCCUAGACUACAUGUUCCAGGACUUGUACAACCUCAAGUCUUUGGAGGUGGGGGACAAUGACCUUGUCUACAUCUCCCACCGGGCCUUCAGUGGCCUCAACAGCCUGGAGCAGCUGACCCUGGAGAAAUGCAACCUGACCUCCAUCCCCACGGAGGCCCUGUCUCACCUUCACGGCCUGAUUGUGCUGCGGCUGCGCCACCUGAACAUCAACACCAUCCGGGAUUACUCAUUCAAGAGGCUGUACCGGCUCAAGGUCCUCGAGAUCUCACACUGGCCCUACCUGGACACCAUGACAUCCAACUGCCUCUACGGGUUGAACCUGACCUCCUUGUCCAUCACCCACUGCAACCUGACGUCCAUCCCGUACGUGUCGGUGAGGCACUUGGUUUACCUCCGGUUCCUGAACCUGUCCUACAACCCCAUCGUCACCAUCGAGGGCUCCAUGCUCCACGACCUGCUCAGGCUCCAGGAGAUCCAGCUGGUGGGAGGGCAGCUCACCACGGUCGAGCCCUUCGCCUUCCGUGGCCUCAAUUACCUGCGCAUCCUGAACGUGUCAGGGAACCUGCUGACCACCCUGGAGGAGUCGGCCUUCCACUCGGUGGGCAACCUGGAGACUCUCAUCCUCGACAACAACCCCUUGGCCUGCGACUGUCGGCUGCUCUGGGUGUUCCGCCGGCGAUGGAGGUUGAACUUCAACAAGCAGCAGCCAACGUGCUCCACGCCCGAGUUCGUCCAGGGCAAGGAGUUCAAAGACUUCCCCGACGUCCUCCUGCCCAACUACUUCACCUGCCGCCGAGCGCGGAUACGGGACCGCAAACCUCAGCAGAUCUUCGUGGACGAAGGCCACACAGUCCACUUUGUGUGCCGGGCAGAUGGGGACCCACCACCCAUCAUCAUGUGGCUGUCGCCGCGGAAGCACCUCAUCUCCACCAAAACCAACGGGCGGCUCACUGUCUUCCCUGACGGCACUCUGGAGGUGCGCUACGCCCAGAUCCAGGACAACGGCACCUACCUAUGCAUCGCCAGCAACGCGGGUGGCAACGACACCAUGCUGGCACACCUGCACGUGCGCAGCUACUCCCCGGACUGGCCCCACCAGCCCAACAAGACCUUCGCGUUCAUCUCCAACCAGCCCAACGAGAGCGAUGCCAACAGCACGCGCGCCACCGUGCCUUUCCCCUUCGACAUCAAGACUCUCAUCAUCGCCACCACCAUGGGCUUCAUCUCCUUCCUGGGCGUCGUGCUCUUCUGUCUGGUGCUCCUCUUCCUGUGGAGCCGGGGGAAAGGCAACACCAAGCACAACAUCGAAAUCGAGUACGUGCCGCGCAAGUCCGACGCGGGCAUCAGCUCGGCCGACGCGCCGCGCAAGUUCAACAUGAAAAUGAUUUAACCAGGCAACAAUUUGCAAAUAAUAAUGGUGUUGUUUUGUUUGUUUUUUUUUUAAAAAAAAAGAACAAAUGAACGAAUAAAAAAUAAUUAACAAACGUUGCUACAAACAUACCGACCUCUCUCCUUCCACCAUAUCCCGUGUCCCCGUCUGAACCCACUGCGCCCGCACUGUCACCACCUCUUUCUCCUCCUCUUCUUCUUUAUACCAGGAAAACAUCCAGCUGAUGUCUUCAGGACUCCUGUGUUUGUAAGGACUUUGUCUGAUGGACUCUGGUGUCAGAUAUAACUCUGAGAGGGGAAAAAAGCAAACAACAGAGGGGGGGAAAAAAGAAAAAAAGAAAAAAAAGAAAUAAAAUCAAUAAAAAGUUACGAACUUUCUUCUGUAACUUUGAUUUCAAUAAUUAUGGAUUUUUAUGAAAACUUGAAAUAAUAAAAAAACCCUAUUUCCUAUAGAUAGUUGGAAUGCAAAA